AUGGUCCACCUUAUUUUAGCUGGUCUACCCUCCAGCCAUAUUCUGUUUACCGUGGUCUGUGCAGAAUUAUCUAUCUAUAUCUAUCUAUGUCUCUCCAUAUCUAUCGAUCUAUCUAUCUAUAUCUCUCCAUAUCUAUCAAUCUAUCUAUCUAUAUCUCUCCAUAUCUAUCGAUCUAUCUAUAUCUAUGUCUCUCCAUAUCUAUCGAUCUAUCUAUAUCUAUGUCUCUCCAUAUCUAUCGAUCUAUCUAUAUCUAUGUCUCUCCAUAUCUAUCGAUCUAUCUAUAUCUAUGUCUCUCCAUAUCUAUCGAUCUAUCUAUAUCUAUGUCUCUCCAUAUCUAUCGAUCUAUCUAUAUCUAUGUCUCUCCAUAUCUAUCGAUCUAUAUCUAUGUCUCUCCAUAUCUAUCUAUCUAUAUCUAUAUCUAUCUAUCUAUAUCUAUAUCUAUCUAUGUCUCUCCAUAUCCAUCCAUCUAUCUCCCUCUAUAUAUAUCUAUGUCUUUCCAUAUCUAUCUAG